CGGCGAACGUCAAAGCGCAAGACCUCAAACAAAACAGUGUCGUCUGAUCUCUUUCCAAGUUCUCAUUGUUUAUUGUAUGACAAGUGUUCUUAAAAUCUAUGAAUCUCCUCUUGUAGUGAUUCCUACCCUCCUGGACCUCAUUCUUCAUGUGAUUUUCACCAGAUCGACAUGAGCAUGGCUGGACGACUGCUGCUCCUUGCAGUGUCUAUUACUGUGUGUUCUGCUGAGCUCUACACAGCUCUGGUAGACUUGGAAGAGUUGCUGGAGUCGGAAUCUGCGCUGCUACACACCCUCGAGGACUACAUCUCUGCUCAGGAACACAAACUGCAAUUAGUUAAGAAGAAGUACCUAGAGUUUACUAGUGAACACGACGAAGCCAGUAAAGAUCCAAACUUCUACCUGUCCAAUCCUCUCAACGCCUUCCUUCUGGUCAAGCGGCUCACGGUUGACUGGAAAGAUGUUGAGGCCACAAUCAAGAAUGACCUUAGUCAAGAGGCCAUGCAGAACAUGACGAUGUUACGAGAUAACCUCAAGUUCCCCACGGAGGAGGACCUGACAGGAGCAGCAGUGGCGCUUAUGAGGCUACAGGACACAUACCAUUUGAGUACCAGCAGUCUAGCGCGGGGAGAGCUCAACGGAGUACAGUACAGUACACAACUGACAGCGGCAGACUGUUUUGAGCUAGGCCGUCAAUCCUACAACCACCAGGACUUCUACCAUACUGUGUUGUGGAUGGGCGAGGCUCUGGCGAAACACGAGAUGGAGCGAAACAGGACCAAAGUGGAGCGCUGGGAAAUACUGGAGUAUCUGGCGUACUCCACCUACAUGCAGGGUAAUGUAAAGAAUGCGCUGCAGCUAACAGAUGAGCUGUUAACCAUACAGCCGAGUCACCAAAGAGCGCUUGGAAACAAGAAGUUUUACCUGGCAGCCAUUGACCAGGACGCCACUCCUCUGAACAUACAAGACCGCAAGAGUACAGAAGACAGGCCGCUGGAUGAGCUGCCUGAGAGAGAUGUUUACGAGAUGUUGUGUCGAGACGCAGCCAGGCCUCCAGGCAGCAUUACGGCUCAGCUCAAGUGUAGAUAUGUGCACCACAACCGCCCGUAUCUCAGGAUUGCCCCAUUGAAAGAAGAAGAAGCGUAUCUGGACCCUAGAAUACUGCUUUACAGGGAAGCACUGUACGAUUCAGAAAUGGAUACUUUCAAGAGGAUGGCUCAACCAAGGCUCAGAAGAGCGACGGUGCAGAACUACAAAACUGGUGAUCUGGAAGUGGCUCACUAUAGGAUAAGUAAGUCUGCCUGGCUCAAGGAGCAGGAGGAUGAGGCAGUGGCUCGUGUGAGUCGCAGGAUAGAAGAUAUGACGGGUCUGACCACGUCCACUGCGGAGGAGCUACAGGUGGUCAACUACGGUAUCGGCGGCCACUACGAGCCUCACUACGACUUUGCCAGGAGGGAAGAAAAGAACGCAUUCAAAAGUCUGGGAACAGGAAACAGAAUCGCAACAGUUCUGUUUUACAUGAGCGAGGUGGAGCAGGGAGGUGCCACAGUAUUUCCGGAGUUGCGUCUGUCGCUGUGGCCAGAGAAGGGGACGGCUGCGUUCUGGAUGAACCUUCACUCCAACGGGGACGGAGACUUGCGGACACGACAUGCAGCCUGUCCCGUCCUGGCCGGCACCAAGUGGGUGUCCAACAAAUGGCUGCACGAGAGAGGGCAGGAGUUUCUUAGGCCUUGUUCACCGAGAAGUAACAAUGACGUCGAAGAUGAGGAGAGGUGACAAUAACGCCAACAAUACAAUCCAAAAUGAUGAAAGUACCACAAAGACUUUCCUAGCGCUGGAGGAGAGCUACAUCAACAAAACAUGACUAAACAGACUGAAUAUUAAGAAUUCAAAUCAAAACAAAUAUGUAUGUGCUGUUUGUGAAAGUUUUUACCGAUUUUGCAUGAAUGGAAUGAGUGUGGUAGGUGUAAAAUGCAAUACUCUUUUCACUGACCUCACAUAUUUUUCAUUUAUUUAUUGACGUAAUUACUCUGAUUUCAAUCCUAAUAGCUUUAAGUAUGAAUGUCCGUCGUCCAUGUAAUUUUACAACA